AUGACAGAGCCCCGUCGCUGCCUGCUGUUCGAAAAUGGUGCAGCUCUGGCAGUCUUCGGAGAUGAUGGAGAUCAUCAUACACGGCAGUCUGGCGACGAGCGUGGUAAUUCCGCAGUGGUGCUAGAGCCUUCCGGAGCAUGCUUCGCCGAAGUGCGCCAGGAUGGAACCUGCCACCGUCAGCUCUCGGACUUCUGCCGGCGGGACCUCAUCCCGCACGUGGCCGCUGUUUCCAGCUUCAGGAACGCCCACAGCCCCCGCCCUUACCUCUCGCAAAGAAUACACGCGACGCUCGAGCAGGAAACACACAGCAGUAACGGCACCAGCAGCAGCAGCAGCAGGCGGAGGAGGAGGAGGAGGACGCCGAGUCGCAUCGCUCACUGGCCGGCCGCCGCGGAGCCAACCUGCCGCCAUAGCACAAGCAACAGCAGCAGCACCUUUGUCGUUCGUGGCGCGGACGGGAGCGUCGAGGUCCGCGCCGCCGGCGGCAACGCCAGGCUCGCCCUCUCCGCCUCCGGCACGGUCGCGGAGGUGGACUACGCCGUCGCUCUUCCUCCGGGCCCCGGGGCCGCCGGCGGCGGAAGGGUGUGGGUCACCCGGCGGUUUUUGGUCGGCGGGUCGGCGGCGCCGCCUUUCGACGACGUGCCCCCCGAGUUCUCGCACGCGCUCUCUGUCGCGGUACGGGAGUCACGGUCCGCCGCCGCCGCCGCCGCCGCCGCCGCCGCAGUGGUGGAAACGGGUAGAAAUAGUGGCGGUGGUGGUGAUGUUUCGUUGGGGCGCGUGAGUCCGGCGGCGGCGGCGGCUGGGGGCACCGUGAGUGGAAAGGGCGGGGAGAGGGGGCUGGUGGCGGUUGAGCUGCCACGGCCGGAGGAACGGCCCGACCACGCCAGUUGGGACACGGUUCAGCAAGGGCCUAGCCUCGACAGCCACCGGGACCCCCUGGCACCGCUGGGGUACUACGGCGACCGGCGGUGGUGCGACGGUGCCGCCCCGACUUUCGCCACCCGCGCCGCUACCGCUAGUGCUUCUGCUGCCGCAGCCGGUGGCCGUCUCCUGUCCGUGGACGUGAUGAAGCUCGCGGGAGGCCAAGGGUACGCGGGGGAGCUGGCGGCCGUGGUGGAAUCGACGGGGUGCUGCACGUACCGGAUUGUGGUCGGUGGUGGAGGGCAUCAUCGGGGGGCGGGAGAGGGCGGCGUUGGCGUACACGUGGUCGUCCAUGCCGACGGGAGCGAGGUUUGGCUGGAGGGCGACUUCGUCCGCCUGGUUCGCCCUCCCGCCGCCGCGGGUGUGCCGGCGAUGACAGCAGCGGCGGCGGAAGCAGGUGGUGGGUGGACGAGCAUGUCCCUCGGCAACAUCGCCUCUAGAGCCAUCGCGCUGCGGCAGCAGUUCUUGCAGUGUAGCGGCAACCCGGCGGCGGCGGCGGCGGCGGCGGCCGGGAGAAGGGGGCCGGGAGAGCCCCAAGUCACCGUCAAGAUCAGGCCGUCGCUCGUUGUUGUACAACCGCCGUCGGCGCUUUCUUCGCCGUCAUCGUCGUCAUCGCCGGUUGAGGCCGUCGUGCGGAACGCUGCCGCGCCACGACCCACCAACAAACCCUACGCCCCGCCGGAAGAAGGAGGGGCUCGGUGGCUGGGAUCAUCUUCAUCGCGAGGAAGGAUGGCGGCAGGGUCCCCAUCGGUGGUGGAAUCGGUGGAACGCGGGGGCGCGUCGUUCGUCGCGUUCGCGGACGGACGGGCGCGGGGGACCUUCGCGGACCGCACCAUCGUGUGCCUGGGGGCGCCGUUUUUUUACCGCCCGCUUCGAGGGUCCCGCUGCGGCGUGGGCGGCGGGGGCGGCGGAGGGAUAUCCUACUCCGGCAGCGGAGGGCGUGGGGGUGUCGCGACAGCGGUGGUCGGGCCUGGAUGUUCAGACGAUGACGAGGAGGAGGAGGAAGAAGACCGGGAGGUCGAGUGUAUCCGUGCGGACGGGACGGUGCUGCGCCUGACCAGGCGCUCGCUGGACCGGCGAGGAAGCUUCGGCGGGAGGAGCGGCGGGGGUAACAUUCCCGCCGGUGGUGACUGCGGCGUUGGGGCGCUCAGGCCGUACGUCGUCGCCGUCCUCCGGUUCGCGGACUGGGCGGCGACCCAUCCCGCGGACCGGCGGGCGGCGGCGGGGCGGGAGGCGGCCGGGCGGGCGGCGGCGGCGGCCGAAGCGGAGCGAAACCGUCGCUUCGUCGACCUUCAGCUGUUAGCGGCGAAGAGGAGCGUCCCGCCGCCUCCCCUCCUGUGCUACCACCGCGGCGGGCUGGAUCCACGGGAACCCUACGAUGGGACUCCGUCCGGCGCGGCCGGGAGCAGGCGAGGCGGCCGCAGAAGCGGGGAUGAAGCGAGCGCGUCCCCGGGUUUGCGGCGGCGUGCGGUUGGGGCUUGUGGUGAGGAGAACGACGACGGCCAGUACAAGGAAAACAACAGGCCGAGGCGGCCGAGCAACCGUGUUGAUGUGUUAGAGGAGGGUUCCGGGGUAUCGAGGUGGGGGGGCGGCGACGGGGGUCGUCAGCGGAACUCGCUCGUAGCGGGAUUGUUAGAGGCCAACCGCAAGGUCCUGAUGGGAGAACACAUGUCGAGGAAGUUUGCUCAAGGGGAAACUGUUGUUGAAGGGUCGUUCGCGCGCGUUUUGAAUGGGCGGACAAUUCAUCCGAAGCAAACUAACAAGCGAGGAGGGAGUUGA